UGAGAAAGGUUUUGUAGUCUUUUUUUUUUUUUUUUUUUUUUUUUUUUUUAUUCUUCGUCUGCUGAUGUGCCAGCCAGCAUGUCGCGGAGGAAACAAGCGAAGCCGCAACACUUCCAAUCUGACCCUCAUCUGCCUUUACCGGAACACAAUGGGGACACAGAACUUUGCUCUGCGGACCCCCCCUGCAAAGAAUCAGAUGCCCAUGUCUGCAGCAGAUGUUGUGCUGAGUUCUUUGAACUAUCAGAUUUUGAGGAACACCAGAAAAAUUGCACUAAGAAUCAGUUAGUUCUGAUAGUGAAUGAAACCCCCGUCUCCCCCGCUGGAACUUUCUCACCUGGGUCUCCACCCAAUAAUGCUGAUGACCUGAUGAAUGACACAGCUAAUAACACUGAUCAAACAGAGUACAGUGACCUUUUGGAGCCUAACGCUCUUGAAAAAGACGAAUCCAUGGAUGUGGAUGUUUCUGGAAUCAGCAGCGGUCAUGAAGAGGAAGGCAGUCUCACAGAGACUGGGAGCCCCGUCCACACAGUCGGCAGCCAUGGGGGCAGGAUCACCUCUGGCCCUGCAGUCGGUACUUCAGCAGUCUCUGCCCCUCUACCUCAGCUCAGUAACUUGACUGAACUGGGGAACGUUUCCAUGAUUAAUAGCAAUGUCAUCAUUGAAAAUCUGCAGAGCACCAAAGUGGCAGUGGCUCAGUUCUCACAAGAGGCCCGAUCUACUGGUGGGCCCAGGGUGGCUGUGCCAGCCCUGAUGGAACAGCUCCUAGCCCUACAACAGCAGCAGAUCCACCAGCUGCAGCUUAUCGAACAGAUACGUCACCAGAUAUUGCUGCUUGCUUCCCAGUCGCCAGAAAUGCAGGUGCCCCCGGCGUCUGCUCCAGGCACGAUGGGGCCUGCUGCCAGCCCACUGACCACUCUCAGUUCCCACCUCUCACAACAGCUGGCUGCAGCCGCAGGCCUAGCGCAGAAUCUGGCCAGUCAGUCAGCCAGUAUUAGUAGCCUAAAGCAGCUAGCUGCAGCAGCACAGCUACCUCAGUCCAUUCCAGGCAACAGUGAGACAUCUCAGAGUGUCAGCACGCUGGGGCCAUCAACAGUCAAUACCCAGUCCUCUGACAAGCGGCCGAGUCAUAUUAGCAGCCUCCACUCUCAGCUCAGUAGCUCCUCACUAGCUAAGUCAUCCACGCCGGCAUUUGGAAUCGGUAGUUUGUUAAGCUCUGCAGUGAAUCCCCUUCUACCUCAGCCGCCACCUGGAAACCCCAUGUUUUCCAGCACAUUACCCAGUGUUGGCACCACCGUAGAGGACCUCAACUCUUUAGCAGCUCUUGCGCAGCAGAGGAAAAGCAAGCCACAAAAUGUCACCCCAUUUGAACACAAGAGCAGCUCCGAUGAGGCUUUCUUCAAGCAUAAGUGCAGGUUUUGUGGCAAGGUGUUUGGGAGUGACAGUGCCUUGCAGAUCCACCUGCGCUCCCACACUGGCGAGAGACCAUACAAGUGUAAUAUCUGUGGGAACCGCUUCUCUACCCGUGGUAACCUGAAGGUGCAUUUUCAGCGUCAUAAAGAAAAAUACCCACACAUCCAAAUGAAUCCUUACCCUGUUCCUGAGCAUUUAGACAACAUACCAACAAGUACCGGCAUUCCAUAUGGCAUGUCUAUGCCCCCUGAAAAGCCUGUCACGAGCUGGCUGGACAGCAAACCAGUUCUGCCCACUCUAACAUCCUCAGUAGGCAUGUUGCUGCCACCAACCAUGCCAACCCUGCCACAUUUCAUCAAAAAGGAAGAUCAUUCAAUAGCCAUAAGCAGCCCUUCUGUUACUGCAAAGAAUGACUCAGGUGCUGCUGAGCCUUCAGCUAAAAGUAAUGAUGGAGUGUCUGAAGAGGGUGAAGGUGCAACUCUGCCUACCUCAAAUGGCAAAACUGAAGAAAGCAGACACUCCUCAGGCUUUAUGACAAAUGUGAGCUCUGCUUCCGAAAGUACUGCCGAGUACACAACAUCUCUCAGCCCGCCCAUGAUGACCAAUCCACUCAUGCCUCUCAUGUCUGACCAAUUCAAGGCUAAAUUCCCCUUUGGAGGUAUUCUAGAUCCUCUUCAGGGGUCAGAGACCUCCAAACUUCAGCAACUUGUGGAGAACAUUGACAGGAAGGUGAGAGACCCAAAUGAAUGUGUCAUGUGCCAUCGGGUGCUGAGCUGUCAGAGUGCUCUCAAAAUGCACUAUCGUACUCACACUGGAGAAAGGCCCUUUAAGUGUAAAAUUUGUGGCAGAGCAUUUACCACAAAGGGUAACCUAAAGACCCAUUACAGUGUCCACAGGGCCAUGCCUCCUCUUCGAGUCCAGCACUCCUGCCCUAUCUGUCAGAAGAAGUUCACCAAUGCCGUGGUUCUACAACAGCAUAUCCGCAUGCACAUGGGUGGGCACAUCCCCAACAAUCCACUGCCAGAGAAUUACCCAGAGUCCAUGGCUUCUGAUACGGGUUCUUUUGAGGAGAGAAACUUUGAUGACCUGGACAACUUCUCAGAUGAGAACAUUGAGGAAAUGGAGGAAGGCCCUGACAGCAGCGUACCAGACACACCGAGGUCAGCUGAUGCCUCUCAUGAUAGUCUUUGCAACUCUCCAAAUCCCCUUGAUGUGGCUACCCAGGAUGGGCAAGAAAAAUCCAUAGGGGAAAAUGUUCACAAUAAUGAGACAGAAGACCUACAUGUCACCCAAAUGAAGGCUGCAGCAAAUGGCUUAGUGGAGGGCGACUGCCUCACCAAUGACUCUUCAUCUCUGGGAGGCGAUGUUGAAAGCCAAAGUACGGGGAGUCCAGCUGUGUCAGAAUCUACCUCCUCCAUGCAGGCACCAUCCCCCAGUAGUACACAGCCACAACCACAUAAAUCCCCCAACCCUGAAGAAAGGCACCAGAGGGCUUUUCCCUUGGAUCACACUGGUGCAAGCCUCCUGCACCCCUCCAGCAUUGGAGCUCUUGACCUGACAUCUGUCAGUUCCUCAAAAGACCCCUUAGGUAUGAUAUUUCCCUUCCGUGAGCGUAACAUCAUCAAGAACACAUCAUGUGACAUAUGUGGGAAGACCUUUGCUUGUCAGAGUGCCUUGGACAUUCAUUACCGAAGCCAUACCAAAGAGCGACCAUUUAUUUGCACGGCCUGUAAUCGGGGUUUCUCCACCAAGGGUAACCUCAAGCAGCACAUGCUUACUCAUCAAAUGAGAGACCUCCCCUCCACACUUGAGCCAUCAAAUGCCAGCCUGUCCUCCAGCCCCACCCCUUCCCUCCUCUCUGUAGGCUCUCUCAACAAACCUGAAGUCAACGGCUUCCUCCAUGGCCUCCAACCAGAAAACAAGGACAUGCCCCCUGGCUUGGUCACAUCAUCUGCCUCAACCUCCCCGGUGCUUUCCGCAGCCCCACCACGCAGGACACCCAAACAGCAUUUCUGCAACACCUGUGGAAAGUGUUUCUCUUCCUCCAGCGCGCUGCAAAUCCACGAGAGAACCCACACCGGAGAGAAGCCCUUUGCCUGCAGCAUCUGUGGCCGGGCCUUUACCACCAAAGGAAACCUCAAGGUUCACAUGGGCACGCACAUGUGGAACAGUGCUCCCGCCAGACGUGGCCGCAGGCUCUCAGUUGACGGGCCAAUGGCCUUCCUGGGCACCAACCCUGUCAAGUUUCCAGAGAUCUUCCAGAAGGAUAUGUCUUCAAGGGCGAGCAACGGGGACCCGACUAGUUUCUGGAACCAGUACGCCGUGGCCUUCUCCAAUGGCCUCGCGAUGAAGACAAAUGAAAUCUCCGUCAUCCAAAACGGAGGCAUUCCGCCCAUGUCGGGCAGCGUGGGGAACGGGGGCAGCUCGCCUAUCGGGGGACUCACCGGCAGCCUGGACAAGCUGCACAGCGCUGAGCCCAAUGCUGCCCUCGCUGGCCUGGAAAAAAUGGCCAACACCGAAAACAGGGCCCACUUCCGCUUCACACGGUUCAUGGAGGACAAUAAAGAAAUUGUCACCAAUUAGGAGUGGCACGGACACACAGACACACAUAAAGGGAUACUGUAAACACGUAGAAGGCAAGGAAAAGAACAAGACAGAGACACAAACACACAAAGAAAAAACAACAAAAAAAAUCAAACGAACCUCUCGCCGCUGAAUCUUUACGAACACAAGUGUGAAGACGAGACGCUUUUUUGUACAAUGUACAUGUUAUAGUUUUACCGAGCUUAUUUAUUAGUGAUUAUAACCUUGCUUGAAACCAAGUGGAAGCAUUAACACUUAGGCUUUUGUUUGUUUUGAAGCCACACGUAUGGGUACGUAUGGGUGCUCAAAAAUGUGCUUUUAAAACUUAGGAUAUCUGGGUAGAUUACCUUACCUUGGCAUUAAGUUAUUAUUAUUAUUUUUGUCUGUCAUAGUUAUAAGCGAACUGUCAAUGUUCAUGUGAUGCAUUAGUAAUAAACAAACAAGACUCGUUGUAAAUAAUGUACACUGAUCUUCUGUAGAUGGUCUAACAGCUGUGCGUUCAUGGCGCCCUUCUUGUCGAAACAUUCAAACAACGGAGUAAAUGAUGUUUUUUUUUCGUCCUUAUAUUUGUUUGCUGUAUACUUUUAUUUAAAGAAAAAAAAUGAAGUUUGCCGUACUGCAACAUUUUCUUUAGUGUUAACUUUUUUUUUUUUUUUUUUGGUUAUGUGUAUUGUACUUUCUACUUUGUUUACUUUCCUCAAUUGUUUUUCUUUCUUCUGUUGUGCUGGUAUUUUGGUGUAGAAGAUACAAGAUGUUUGAUGAGAUUGGAACCUUUUGGGCCAGUCUUCUUCCUGGGAUUUUAUAACUUAAAGGACGGCCAUUCACAUAAGACAGAUUUUUUUCUUUAGAUUUCCACGUUGCUGCUCACUGACGUCACCACGUGCAAAGUGUUGAAGCUUCUGUAAAUACAUGUGGAAACUCCCUUGAGACAAAACUGUAUAUAUACUGUAGCUCACACGCGAAAAGCCCAUCAUGGCCAGGGGCAAAAACAAAAGUGUUUUUAUAAAUAAAAAUAUAUGUUGGGUUCGACAACCUUCGGACUGUUACAUGCACUUUCUUGGAAAGUUGGAAGAUCUUUAUGGGUCCAGUUUCUCUACACUUUAAUACCUACUAACAACUAAGAUACUGUAAUUCUUUACUCUAAUAAUCAAAUACAUCAGUUUUGCAAAAGAAUCAUUGUGUGUUUGUGUGGUUUUAUUCCUUUAUUUUAGUUAUUAUACCACUGAGGCGAUAGUUGAUGAAGCACUAAAAGUGCUUUGAAAUAAGUGUAGCAGUAAAAAGUAGAACUUUC